AUGUGCGUGGGGAGGUGCAGCCGCAUCGUGGGCCCCUGCCUGCUGGCACUGGGCACACUCUCUGUGAUAGCCAACAUCCUCCUGCUCUUCCCUGUCGGGGCGUGGAAGUACCUGGUCGACGGGCACAUCACCAAACAGGCCAAGGUCAUGCCGGGCAUCUGGGGAGGAGGCAUCACCGUGCUGCUAGUGGCGACCCACAUCACAGCGGUGGGGUGGCGAUGCGCCGGCUGCUCCGACUGCGGCACCCGUCGCAAUGCCUUUCUCUCCGCCAUCCUCUCCAAGCUGGCACUCCUGGGCUCCGCCGCCUGCUUCAUCCUGUCUGGGGUGGGCCUGACCAACGGCCCCCUCUGCCUCUACAACGCCUCCGAGCAUGGCCGUGGCCCCACCUGGGGAUACCCUUUCUUGGACACCGGCAGCCAGGCGGUACUGGUGCCAGCGGAUUAUUUCCUGUACAAGCCGGACACCUGGGACACCUGCCUGGAGCCGGUGGGCAUCGUGGCUUGGAAUGUCGCCCUCUUCUCCCUCCUGCUGCUCGUCAGUGCUGCCGAGAUGGUGCUGGCCUCCAUCCAGAUCCUCAAUGGCUGUGCUGGCUGCCUCUGUGGCUUCUGCGAGGGGAAGCAGGGCCGCCCCACACGCCUGGACUGA